AUGGCAGCGACUGCAAGCGAGACAGCCCUGUCGCCCUUUGACAGGCUUAUGCCGAGAGUCUACGUGCGACAGAUACUCUGCUUUCCUUCAACAGAUCCGAAUGCCUUGAGAGCGCUCAAAGAUGGUCUGGCUGGAGUAGCUCUAGACGACCUGUUUACAGGGAACAACCUCUCAAGUCAUAUUGAAUAUGCGCAGUUGAAGGCGGACAACUUCCCCCCUGCGGCACUAAUGGCAUCUGGCAUUGUCCCUGCGGACACGCAACCCCCCUACCCGGAUCCUGCGCCGGUCUUCCGUGCGAGGCUGUCUCUGGUGAAGGGCGGUUUCCUCCUCUGCAUUGCUCUUCACCACAGCACCACUGAUAUUACGGGAUUCGAUACCCUGCUGAAGAUAUGGGCUUCAAACUGUCGCGCUGGGUCUUUCCGACCAGUUGGGUUUGAUCCGAGCUGGAUGGACCGGCGAGUACUCCUCGAGCCACACAAUACUACCCGAACGCCGCCACAUAACAUCCCCGGGCUGCUUCAUAUCCAGACACCUGCGGAGGCUUCAAGACGCGUCACCACUCGGUCAAGCAGUGAAGAAUGGCAAACGGCCAUUUUCUACUUUCCACAGCGAGGCCUCCGCGAUCUGAAACGGAAGGUGAACGAGCUUCUGGUCUCUGAUGGAACUGCUGGCUGGGUAUCAACUUGGGACGCUCUGACUACGCUCCUAUGGGGCGCUGUUCUUGGGGCUGAACUGAACGAUCAUGACCAUAAUCCUACCACCACUCACUUGAGCAAGGCCACGAGCACGAUCGGCUUCCCUGUGGACUUCCGCUCUAAGCUUCACCCGCCCCUUCCCCAGGGCUACCUAGGCGCUGCCUUCGCCAUGACCAGUGCCACGGCCUUGCGCGACGACAUCAUAUCCCUCUCCAACGAUGCAGGCUCAAGCUCUGUCCCCGCGGUAGCGCGGGUCGCCACGGCAAUACGCGCGUCUCUCAAUCGCGUCAACGACGCCAGUGUUCGAGAUACCCUGGCAUAUCUCAACCAUAAUCCAGACCAGCCCUCCAUCAUUCUGGGCCCACCGCAUGACGGUAUCUCGAUUGUCUCGUGGGCUGACCAGAGCGUGUACGAGCUGGAUUGGGGAGUUGCAGUAGGACGCUGCGAUGCUGUUCGGCUCCCCAAGCUGCCGAACAAGAGGUACCCGAUCGUUCUCCCACGCGUGCCCGACGUCGGUGACGAUGGAGGGGGAUUGGAAGUCAUAAUCUGUCUUGAAAAGAGCGUCAUGGAAAGGUUUGCAAGUAGCGGGCCGAUAGCACGAUACGCAGUAUUGCGGUGUAUUUCGUGA